AAAUUUGGUUCGGCGAUAUUCCAGAGCCUUCCACGCGGCCUCUACCACUUUUCCAGACUCUUCUUCUUCAAGUUCAAAGUUCAAAGUUCAAAGUUCAAACCGCAACUGACGAAGUGGAGAGCCAAUGGGAAAGCCAGAAACCUCUAAUCUUGAGAGGGAGAAUUAGCGUCAAGAGAGCCGGAGAGUGCAAAAACAUCAGAGAGAGAGAGAGAGAGAGAGAGUUGGUGUGUGUCCCUUCUUCAAGAAACACUUCCUCACUCGAACAAAGGAACUAGUGGAGUGAUCACAAUUACUGGAACGAAAGGAAGAGAAAGCCAUGAUUGUAAGGGCGGCGAAGCUCGGUAGGGCCGUCUAUGGCGCGGGAAAAUUGCUGGGGAAUUCUCCUGCGACUUUCAGACUCAGGGGCUCUGAAACAUGGGUUAGAAGCGUUUCAUCAUCACAGGGCUUGUUAAUCAAUCGAGAGGUUUGGGUGUUGCCGGAAAAUGGUUACUCACUGGCGGAGGUCGCCGGAUUCCGGCCUUUUUUAGGCGGAAAGAUGAUGGGGUUUGGGUAUAGGCAGUUUCAUUCCUCAAGUCCUCAUUACAUGGCAGAGAGCGCCUCUCAGAUAAACCAAUCAGAGUUCACUGAGAUGGCUUGGGAAGGGCUUAUUGAUGCAGUAGAGGCAGCACGCCAGAACAAGCAACAAAUUGUGGAAUCUGAGCAUUUGAUGAAGGCUAUUUUGGAGCAAAAGGAUGGCUUGGCCAGAAGAAUAUUUACUAAAGCUGGCAUCGAUAAUACAUCGGUGUUGCAAGCUACAGAUCAGUUUAUUUACCAGCAACCGAAGGUAACAGGUGAUACUGGUGGCCCAAGAGUGGGUCCUAAUCUAAUGGCCCUCUUAGACAAGGCCAGAAAGUACAAGAAGGAGAUGGGUGAUGAGUUCUUGUCAGUGGAGCAUUUAGUAUUGGCAUUCAAUUUUGAUAAGAGAUUUGGGCAGCAGUUAUUCAAGAACCUUCAACUUGGGGAGAAAGAAUUGAAAGAUGCCAUCUCAGCUGUGAGGGGCAAUCAGAGAGUAACUGAUCAAAAUCCUGAAGGAAAGUAUGAAGCACUUGAGAAGUAUGGGAAUGAUUUGACCGAGCUUGCAAGGCGUGGGAAGCUUGAUCCUGUUAUAGGUCGUGAUGAUGAAAUUCGACGGUGUAUACAGAUACUGUGUCGGAGAACAAAAAAUAAUCCUGUUAUUAUUGGAGAGCCCGGUGUUGGAAAAACUGCAAUUGCUGAAGGAUUAGCUCAACGGAUUGUGCGUGGGGAUGUUCCUGAGCCUCUCAUGAACAGGAAGUUGAUUUCUCUUGAUAUGGGCUCUUUACUUGCUGGUGCUAAAUUUCGUGGAGAUUUUGAGGAAAGGCUUAAAGCUGUUCUAAAAGAAGUCAAGGCAUCAAAUGGGCAAAUAAUACUUUUUAUUGAUGAGAUCCAUACAGUUGUUGGUGCAGGCGCUACAAGUGGUGCCAUGGAUGCGGGCAAUUUACUGAAGCCAAUGCUUGGUCGAGGAGAGCUUCGUUGUAUUGGGGCCACAACUUUAGACGAAUAUAGGAAGUAUAUUGAGAAGGAUGCCGCUCUGGAGCGUAGAUUUCAGCAGGUGUACUGUGGCCAACCAUCGGUUGAAGACACAAUUUCUAUUGUUCGUGGGCUUCGUGAACGCUAUGAGUUACAUCAUGGAGUUCGGAUUUCAGACAGUGCCCUGGUUGCUGCUGCAGUUCUUGCUGAUAGAUACAUCACAGAGAGAUUUCUCCCAGACAAAGCUAUUGAUCUCGUUGAUGAGGCAGCUGCUAAAUUAAAGAUGGAAAUCACAUCCAAGCCAAUCGAGUUAGAUGAGGUAGACAGAGCGGUGCUAAAGUUAGAGAUGGAGAAAUUGUCCCUGAAAAAUGACACUGACAAAGCAUCCAAAGUUCGGCUAAUGAAGCUAGAAGCAGACCUCGAAGCUCUCAAACAAAAGCAAAAGGAGUUGACUGAGCAGUGGGAAUAUGAGAAGGGUCUCAUGACUCAAAUUCGAUCAAUCAAAGAGGAGCUUGAUAGAGUCAAUUUAGAGAUGGAGGCAGCUGAGCGCGAAUACAAUCUAAACCGAGCAGCCGAGCUGAAAUACGGGACCCUCAUGACCCUUCAAAGGCAGCUUGAAGAGGCUGAACGCGAACUCUCUGAGUUCCGAAAAUCUGGAAAAUCAAUGCUUAGGGAGGAGGUCACUGAUCUUGACAUCGCUGAAAUAGUGAGCAAAUGGACAGGAAUACCCCUCUCCAACCUCCAACAAUCCGAGAGGGACAAACUUAUCCAUUUGGAAGAUGUCCUCCACGAGAGGGUCGUGGGCCAAGAGAUUGCUGUUAAAUCGGUGGCUAAUGCAAUUCGACGAUCGAGAGCGGGCCUCUCUGACCCCAACCGACCAAUCUCGAGCUUCUUGUUCAUGGGGCCCACAGGAGUUGGAAAAACCGAGUUAGCAAAAGCCUUAGCAGCUUACCUUUUUAACACUGAAAAUGCCCUUGUGAGAAUAGAUAUGACCGAGUAUAUGGAGAAGCAUUCAGUUUCAAGGUUAGUGGGGGCUCCACCUGGUUAUGUUGGGUUUGAAGAGGGAGGGCAAUUAACUGAAGCUGUUCGAAGAAGGCCUUAUUCUGUUGUUCUCUUUGAUGAGAUAGAAAAGGCUCAUCAUGAUGUGUUUAACAUUUUGUUACAAGUUUUGGAUGAUGGGAGAAUUACUGAUGCUCAGGGGAGAACAGUGAGCUUUACAAACUGUGUGGUUAUAAUGACUUCAAAUAUUGGGUCUCAUUUCAUAUUGGAGACAUUGAGGAAUACGCAUGAUACAAAGGAGAUAGUGUAUGAGUUGAUGAAGAAGCAGGUCGUAGAGUUGGCUAGACAGACGUUCAUGCCAGAGUUCAUGAACAGGAUAGAUGAGUAUAUUGUGUUCCAGCCGUUGGAUUCCAAGGAGAUCAACCGGAUCGUUGAGAUACAGCUUAACCGACUGAAGCACCGGCUUAACCAGAAGAAGAUUGAUCUUCAGUUCACAAGAGAAGCUGUUGAACUGCUCGGGAAAUUAGGGUUUGACCCCAACUAUGGGGCGAGACCAGUGAAGCGAGUGAUACAACAAAUGGUUGAGAAUGAGAUUGCUCUCACACUUCUGAGAGGGGAUUUCAAGGAAGAGGACAUUGUAAUGGUUGAUGCUCGUGAUGGCCGCCUGCUUAUCAAGAAAGCAGAGGACGUUGCCUUUAAGGAGCCAUUGGUUGCAAAUUACUGAUUCCUCUCUCUACUUUGAGAUUUGGUUUUUGGAUUUACAUGAAGGAGCCAUUGGUUGCAUAUGACUGAUUCCUCUCUCUAGUUUGAGAUUUGGUUUCUGGAUUUCCGCAUGUAAAUUUUUGUAUGCACAAGUUAAAAGGGAAAGUAGAGUUUUGACGACUUGUUUUUAAUAUUUUUUAAGUGAGUCAGUAGGGAGAGGACAUUUACCUUUGGUAAGAAUUGAGCUUAGGACGUAGCCUUGCAAGUCGUUAAAGAAUUGAGCCUAAGACGUAGCCUUGCAAGUCGUUAAACGCUAACGAAUUAGUUAGUGGAGAUUUGGGCCCCAACCAUUUGUUUAGAAUGGAGUCUAAUACCAUUGAACAAUGGAUUGAUGUGAAA